UUAGGAAGAAGCAAUGUACAACCUAAAGCUGCCAAUUGUCUUUAUUGUUCUCUCUGUUGCCUUAAGCUGUCUGGAGGCCACACCUAUUGAUAGUCAUCAUCUGGAAAAAAGGAAAUGCAACACAGCUACAUGUGUAACACAGCGCUUGGCUGACUUUCUAAUGCGAUCCAGCAAUAACAUUGGAGCAGUUUUCUCCCCUACAAAUGUGGGAUCCAACACAUAUGGCAAGAGGGAAAUAGCUGGGAUAUUAAGCAGAGAGCCUUUGAAUCAGUUUCCACAUUAGGGUGUCAUAUUGCUGUUGGAAUUUUGAUGAACUUUUCCUAUUUCAUGCAUGAAUGUUCUUAGUGAUUUAUGUACCACUGUUUUGCUUUCUUUUCUAUGUGUUUGUCUACAAUAUGAUUCUUAUCUUUAUAGUUUGUUUUUAUACAUGACCUAAAAUGUAGCUGCUAAUUUGCAUUCAAUAUGAAGUUUCUUUAAGGAAAUGAAUUAUAUAUAUGCAUAUAUGUGUAAUUGCUGGUUGUUUUUAGUCAAAACACUUAAAGAAGACAUAUACCCAUGUUAAGAUCUUUUGGAAAACAAAAAAUUGUAAAAAGUAGAGUUGUUUUGAUUCUGAACAGGAAUGAAACUAGCAAUUGGAAGAACUAAGUCCUGGUACACUUUUGGAAGCAGUCUCUUUGUUCAGCUAUCUGAAAAGAAGUAAGAUGUUGGUUAAAAAGAAAAUGAAUAAAAUUAUCAAGCUGACUAUCAUUUUGUGUUGUUUUUUAAAUCAUGUCCUUGACUCAGUUAAUUUUUUAAACUGAGUUCUUUGUUGGUGCUUGCUGGUUCUAAGUGGUAACUUUAAAAUCCAAAAGCUGCCUGAUUCCAUGAGGGCUUUAUUAUAAAUUAAUAUCACAUUUGUUCCUCAUUUGUUAAGUAUUUGUGUCCCUUACUCUGUGUAAGAAGGCUUUCAGCCAACCUUUUUGACUUCUUCAUGUAGGAUACCAUAAUAAUAGCUUGUGAUUCUACUCAUACCUUCCUCAGAUAAAAAGGUCAGUGUCUUCUGGAAACCAUGGGACAUAUGAUGGCAUCUUUUCUGUUUAACUGUUUAACUGGACUUUUCUUGUGGAAGUUAAAUAUGAAGCUCUCACUUAUUGCAUUGAAGGAAGAAGUCGGUGGUUUGUGACAUAAAACUCAAAUAUCUGACUCUAAAUCAAACUCUUCAAGGACCUAUGACAUGGCAUGACUUGCUGGUUAGAUAUUCACUCAUUUUUUCCAAAUGAAAAGUAUUCUUUAGGAACUGUACCAUUUCUAGAGAUGCCUACCUUAUUCAAAUCUUAAAUGUCCAUAGUGAAGUAUGACUUAGAUGACAAGUUUUCAGAGUUUGUGAUAGUGGUUUCUCUUCUUUCUUCCUAUAUGAUUGUGUACAAGUUGUAUAUAAGGUAUAUUUGUUGAUUUUCUGUCUCAUAAGAACUAAAUUAU